UUUGUACGUGUACGGUACACGUGCCAAAGACGUUGUCAUUUUCGCUAUGUUGUGACGUCAUUCGUCAAUAUCAUGAUGAUUAAAUAAAUUCAAAUUAUUUUGUUCAACAACAAAGAUUCCAGUGUUUGUUUUUAAUCAGUGUACUUAAAUGUUCUUUUUAUGAAAAAUCGCGACGUAAUGCAUUCUGUACAAUAAUUUAUUUAUUCAAUAAUGUGGGUUUUUGGUUAUGGGUCUCUUAUAUGGAAAAUUGAUUUUCCAUAUGAAAGAAAAGUUUUAGGGUAUAUUAAAGGAUACGAUAGAAGAUUUUAUCAGCUCAGUACAGAUCAUAGAGGGACUCCAGAAAAUCCAGGACGUGUUGUAACCCUUAUUCCAUCGGACGAAAAUUCAAAAGUAUAUGGAGUAGCUUACAAAAUUUCGGACACGGAUGUAAAACAAGUAGUAGAUCACUUAGAUUAUCGUGAAAAAGGUGGAUACGAAAAGAAAACACUCAAAUUCUUCCCAAUAUGUGAAGACCAACAAACCUUCGAUAUCACCAUUUAUCUUGGGGAUCAUGAUAAUGCAAAUUACGGCGGCCCAGCUGAUUUGAACGAUAUAGCAGCUCAAGUAGUACGAUCUGAAGGGCCCAGCGGGCCUAACGUGGAUUAUGUUUGUAAUUUAGCUAAUGCAAUGAGAAAUUUUUUCCCUUCCAUUCAGGAUGAACACUUGUACGAACUUGAAAAGAAAGUUCUUAAUUUAUUGAGGAAAAAUAACGGAGUAUGUACUAGUACAUAAGUGAUAUUUCAGGCAAAUAAUGUAUUUAUUAAUAAGAUGUUAAAUUUUUGGCUGUUUAAUUUUCCGUUUUAUAAAAUUGUUCAAUGUGUUAGUAAAUUAGUUGCUAAAAUUUGUUUUAAAUUUUAGAUAAAUAACGUAGGGAAAAGUUUUUAGACACAAACAUGGGGUUUGUGGUUUUAGUUAGAAAAUUCGUAUAUAAUAAAAAUAGAUAUUUUCAGAAGAGUUAAAAUCAUAUUUUCAAAAUUAAGAAUUGAAAAUUUGGAAGUUUUAUACAUUACCAAAAAAAGUAUUACUUAAUAAAAUGUUAACUUAUAUUUCCUUCAAAGUAGAACUUAAAUGCCAAAUGUGCGACAAAUAUGUUUUCCCAGUGUUUUGAUUUACUCUGUGUACAAAUAUUACUAUAAGGAUCCCAGUUUUAUACUUUAAAAUGUCUGUGGCUCCUAGGUAAGCAAGGAUAGGUCAGUUUAAUUGUCAAAACUAAUGAAAUGUUUUGUUAUCAACUCAUUCUCGUUUACUUUAGGGCCACAACUAUAAUGAUACUUAUCAUUAAAAACAAAUAAACUGUGACAGUAUUUCGAAUUUUAUAUUUACUAAUCUUUUUGGUAAAUUAUUGUGAUGUUAAAUAUGUUUUUAGGCUUAAGAUAUUUGGAAACAAUUUACUCCAAAACUUACUGGU